UCAGUCUAGAUCGUUUUGAUUUCCGGGACAACUGUAUAUGGUAUAACACAUAUUAAAUUCAAAUUAUUCUAAUUUUCAGGUGAAACGAUGAAGCUACAAACUUUUGCCGCGCUUUUGCUACUCGGGCUGGCUCAUGCCGCCCCUUCCAACAAAAAACGUGUCAUUGUGAACAAAGAACAGUUCCCAGAAAAAUUGGUCAAGUACACUGGCGAACAUGACAUAGUUAAGAUAGUGGUUCCUGUGAAUUCCUUAAAUUUCGACGACUUUGAUUCUAUAGUGGAAGAAACAACUAAAAUUCAUCCCAAUCCCAAUAUAGUGGGUAACUUAACCGUAUUCUUUAUUGAAGCUGAUGUUGACGAAAGCGGUAAACUGAACUACCAAGGCUUAUACGUAUUGAAAAACAACAAAGCGAAGAAGAUUCUGGAAAACGGAAGAGAUGCGGCUGCUUCAAGUGGUGACAAUACAAGAGUCUACUUAGCUGCAAGUGACGGUCUGUACCUUUACAACGAUGAAGACCAAUCUGCUCAAAAGUACGGCUCAAUCACUGACAAUAUCAUUGCUAUCGAUAAGGAGAGUGAAACCGAUGUAUUAUACAUCUUAACUGAAGACAACACCGUAUAUAAAGUCACUGACAAUGGAAACAAAAAGGAGAAACUCGAAGAUGUCAAAAACGCCCAGAAAUUUGUGAUAGAUAAUGAAGACAAUCUGUACUUCUAUACUACUGAUAAGAAACUCUAUGUGCGAACGUCUGAGGGAGUUAAACAAGUCGCCGGAUUGCCUGAAGAGCCUUCCAGCCUUUUUCUGCCGAAAUGUCCGAUUGUCCUUGAUGACUUACUUCCAAUUCUUGUUGACGAAAAACUCUAUAUUGUUUACGCAAACGGAACCAGUACAUCAUCUGAAGUUGAAUUCGCUACUGAUUUCCAUCCUACUGCUUUUGCUCCAGAAGGUUCGGUUGUCCAAUACUACGGAUACAACAAGAAAAUCUAUGAAUUCAAUUUACUUGCGAUACAAAGUGAGAACAAUGCUAGAAUUAAAAGUGACGAUUUGAUAAGAAUUGCUGUAGAAAAACUAAUCAAGAAUAAGAAUAAGGAAUAAUUAAUCUGAGAUUUAAAUAACGUAAUUAAAAAUUUAAAUGUAAAUGUAAAUAAAAAUUUAUAUAACCGAA